AUGAUGCCAUCUAAGGCGAUGAUGGACGUCACUGCGAUCUACCUUUACGAGGAUUUCUCCGCGAAGAAGCAGCAAUGGUUUAAGUGGCCGAAGAGAGACGAGAAUCAUCCCUCUUACUCAGUGGUGGCGAAGGAAAUCGUCUGCCCAUGGAGAGCCCCGGAUCCUUCGGGCGAGUACGAUGAGUUGCUCGACCAAUCUAUCGACGAGAGCGUCAAGCUCGACGACAUGUCUCUAUGUCAGGAGCGGUCGCAAUAA